AUGUCAAACGCACCGCGAGGUGGCGGCGACAGAGGCCGCGGUAACUUCCGUGGUGAUCGUGGGGGAGGUCGUGGGGGAGGAAGAGGUGAUUCCGGAGGUCGUGGAGGAGGAAGAGGUGAUUCCGGAGGUCGUGGAGGAGGAAGAGGCGAUUUUGGGGGUCGUGGAGGAGGAAGAGGCGAUUUCGGAGGUCGCGGAGGAGGUGACAGAGGAGGAGGCAGAGGAGGUGGCGGAGGGUUUGGCGGAGGGGGUCGUGGUGGUCCAGUCCCUAAUGAGGUUUUUGCGAACCCAGGAGUCAUUAAUCCCAAGGUCGCAAAGGUUGAAGAUGCCAUGCAUCCGAUCGCGAAAAAGACUCUCGAUCUUGGCAGCUUGAAGUUGUCCGAAGGGAAUCCAACCCGUCCAGGGUAUGGCACCAAGGGCAUCAAGGUUGAGCUUACGGCCAACUAUGUCGAGUUGCUGCCCCCUUCAAAUAUGGUGCUAUACAGAUACGAUAUCGAUGUGUCUCCAGAGGCGACUGGCAGGAAGCGCCAUCGUCUUGUUGAGCUUCUUCUCCAAACACCGGAGAUGACGCCAUACAAAGGGAGCGUGGCUACUGAUUUUCGGUCUACAAUGGUCUCCAAGACGAAACUGAAGCAUGACGAAGAUGUCAUCGAGGUUCAAUACCGGUCUGAAGGCGAAGACGAUCCCGCGGCGAACGCAGCUGUCUACAAAAUCCGUGUCAAAUACACAAACACCUUGAGUGUUGGCGAUCUCGUCGAUUGGAUGAACUCCACAAACACUGCCGAGUUUGGAGAUAAACAGGACAUUACACAGGCGCUUAACAUCUUCAUUAAUCACUACGCCAAAUCAGCCAAAACACUGGCAACGAUUGGCUCGUCCAAGAGCUUCUCCCUUGGUCAGAACGCCACCAAAGGAGACCUCGGUUCUGGCUUAGAAGUCAUCCGCGGCUUCUUCUCAAGCGUGCGUGUCGCAACUUGCCGUAUCCUCGUCAAUAUCAACGUCAGCCAUGGUGCAUUCUACAAUGCGGGUUCUUUGCCAGCACUAAUGAACAGUUACGGAACCCGCAACACCAUCGCCUUGGAAAAGUUCCUCAAGCUUGUUCGUGUUCAAACCUCGCAUCUGGCGGAGAAGAAGAACAAGGCUGGUCAGGUCAUCCCUAGGGUAAAGACGAUAUUCGGACUUGCAAGAAAGGAUGAUGGCCACAAGCUCGCCAACCGACCACGUAUCACCAAGCAUGGUGCAGGUGCCAAGGAGGUAGAGUUCUGGCUUGAUGGUGAAGCUAGUGCCCCAGCACCCAAGCCAGGAGCGGAAGGCGCCAAAGGAAAGGGAAAGAAAGUCCCAACCAAAGGGCCUGCAACGUCUGGGAGGUACAUCAGCGUGUUUGACUUCUUCAAGCAGACCUACAACAGGGUCCUGAAGAAUCCAGAACUACCGGUGAUCAAUUGCGGUAACCGCGAGAACCCCAUGUAUCUGCCAGCAGAAGUCUGCAACGUUGUCCCAGGUCAGCCGUCCAAGGCAAAGCUCGACGGCUCUCAGACCCAGCAAAUGAUUCGUUACGCUCGCUCAUUCGGUCUCCAAGUCGGCCCAGGACUUAUCAAGGUCCCUGGUCGCAUCCUGAACGGCCCCAAGGUCAUCUAUAAAGGCAACAAGACGGCCGAUCCACGCUUCGGAAGCUGGAAUAUGAUAAACAUCAAGUUCAACACUGGCUCAACACUUGCAAAGUGGUCCUACGUGAUGAUCUCACUUCCAUACGCGCGUGACUCAUUCGACUCGAAUGGUUUGAUGCGUGUCAUGCAAGAAUUUCACCAGGGCUUGAUCAAGAUUGGCCUGACUGCCAAUGCGCCAUUACCAGGUCAGCGCCUCCAGCUGCAGAAUCCAGACGAUUCAAAUCUCGGCCCAUUCUUGAAACGCGCUGCUGAUGGAUUGGACCUCUUGUUCAUCGUUUUGCCCGAAGCCAACAUACCGCUGUACAAGCGUAUCAAGUCGAUCGCCGACAAAGAAUAUGGUCUGCACACCAUCUGCUCUGUUGGCUCCAAGCUCGCCAAGGAUCGCGGGCGGGAUCAAUACAUCGCAAACGUGGCCUUGAAGAUCAACCUGAAGCUGGGCGGGAUCAACCAGAUUGUUGAGAACAAGAACCUAGGCAUAAUUGACCAGAACAAGACAAUGGUUGUGGGUAUCGACGUCACCCAUCCCUCGCCUGGCUCUGCGUCCAAUGCGCCUUCUGUCUCGGCCAUGGUGGCUUCCGUUGAUAGGUUCCUAGGUCAGUGGCCCGCGACGUUGCGCAUCCAACGCGGGCGACAAGAGAACGUGGACGCUCUCGGCGAGAUGUUCAAAUCACGUCUCAGCCUGUGGAAGACCAAGGGCAAACACACUACCCUUCCCGAGAACAUCCUCAUGUACCGUGAUGGUGUCUCGGAGGGACAGUACGACAUGGUCCUUGCGCAAGAACUUCCCCAAAUACGCAAGGCAUGCGAGGAAACGUACCCGGCGACCGACACCAAGAAGGGUCUUCCACGCAUCACAAUUGUCAUCUGUGGUAAACGACACAAGACUCGUUUCUACCCGACCAAAGACCAAGAUUGCGACAGGUCCGGUAACACCAAGCCCGGCACUGUUGUUGAUCGCGGUGUAACAGAUGCGCGAAACUGGGAUUUCUUCCUCCAAGCUCAUGCCGCGCUCCAGGGAACUGCCCGCCCUUGCCACUACUACAUCGUUCACGAUGAAAUCUUCCGUCAGAUCUACGCGAAACAAAUCCCACCACCUUUUGGCAACAUUGCGGAUAUCGUGGAGGAUCUUACGCAUAACAUGUGUUACUUGUUUGGUCGUGCGACAAAGGCCGUAAGUUUGUGCCCACCGGCGUACUAUGCCGAUUUGGCGUGUGAGCGUGCUCGCUGCUAUUUGGCCAGCCUGUACGAUACGCCUACGCCUAGUGCAGCGCAAUCUCUUGCUGGUACUUCAGUUGCUGGAGGCGCUGGGGCUGCGCCUGAUGCGUCUGAUGUGCAGAUUCACCCGAAGCUCAGAGAUACCAUGUUCUACAUUUAGUGUGUAUGUAAGAUCAUGGAGAAGGGAAGUUGAGAAAGACUUGGAGACGUCGCAUCGCAGAUAGGGAAGUUGAUUAGAUGAAGAAAUGAAACAUUCGUUGCUACCAAGAAGCUGCAUAACAGCCAAAUACAUUCAUUUACACU